GGGUAAAUAGCGUCAUGUUAGGUUACGCACGGUGCCGCUGAAAGGAAAGAUCCGCUUCGAUAUUUAAGAGCUAUACGAAAAUUACGCUUGUAUAAACAAUUUUCAAAGGAAUUGUUAACGUUGUACAGCUGCUAUCAUGUCGAUUAUGUCCUAUAAUGGUGGGGCCGUAAUGGCCAUGAGAGGCAAGAAUUGCGUCGCAAUUGCUGCUGACAGAAGAUUUGGGAUUCAGGCCCAAAUGGUGACCACAGACUUUCAGAAGAUUUUUCCCAUGGGAGAUCGGCUGUUCAUCGGCCUUGCCGGCUUGGCAACAGAUGUGCAGACAGUAUCACAACGCCUUAAAUUCAGGUUAAACUUGUAUGAAUUGAAGGAAGGAAGGCAAAUCAAGCCAAAGACUUUUAUGAGCAUGGUGUCGAAUCUUCUGUAUGAGAGGAGGUUUGGCCCAUAUUACGUAGAGCCCGUUAUCGCCGGUUUGGAUCCCAAGACUUUUGAGCCCUUCAUAUGCUCGCUGGAUUUGAUCGGCUGUCCAAUGAUCACAGAGGACUUUGUUGUCAGUGGCACUUGUGCGGAGCAGAUGUAUGGCAUGUGUGAAUCCCUGUGGGAGCCAAACAUGGAGCCAGAAGACCUCUUUGAAACCAUUUCUCAGGCAAUGCUGAAUGCGGUUGACAGAGACGCUGUAUCGGGUAUGGGGGUCAUAGUCCAUGUAAUUGAAAAGGACAAAGUAACCACAAGAACACUGAAAGCUCGUAUGGAUUAAAAUCGGUAUAAUGUUGGAACUUUUCUUUUUCAUGGAUUUGUAUUUUUAUUGCCAUUCUUUGUUUUACAAAUGUAACAAUCCACUCAUUAAAACCCCGGAAUGAGUAAUGAAA